UUGCAAUUUGAGCGGGAGGUGGAUCCGUUGUAGGACCCACUACUAACUUGGACUCUCUAUAUAUCCACAACAAGGGUUUUGUCAAUCUUUUUUCUCCAAACCACUCUUCUCAGAAAUUCAAACACAAAUAUAAUUCUUUUUCCAAAAUCAAACACCACAGUGAAGAUCGUACAGUCUUAAUCUCUCUACUCUACUCUACUCCCGUUUCUGUCGAAGAUUCAUAGUAAGAAAGAAACCAAUAUGGCACAAUUCGAGCACAACGAUGAUUUCGAAUACUCGAAUAAUGAUGAUAUCUAUGACAUAAAUGAUUUUGAAGAUAAUCCUUUUGAAGAAUUUGGGCAACAGAUGAACAAUCGAGAUUCAGAUGAUGUGGAUGUUUUCAACAUGAAUGAGCAAAAGACUGAUACUACAGCUUAUGAAGCUCGCAAUGGAAAGGAUAUUCAAGGAAUUCCAUGGGAAAGAUUUAAUUUUGAUAGGGAUAAGUACCGACAGAACCGACUAAAGCAAUAUAAGAAUUUCCAGAAUCUAUCUCGAACUGAUACUACUACUCCACAGCUUUACAAGGAAUGCAAGCAGGUUGAUAAGGGGAACACUUUCUAUGAUUUCCAGUUCAAUACGAGACUUGUCAAAUCAACCAUUGUGCAUUUCCAGCUCCGGAAUCUGUUGUGGGCGACAUCGAAACAUGAUGUAUAUCUGUUGCAGAAUUACUCCGUUAUGCAGUGGUCCGCUUUGCUCCGAAGGGGCAAGGAAGUGCUCAAUGUUGCUGGACCAAUAGCCCCAACCAUGAAAGAACCUGGAUCUCUAGCUCAGUCACUGUCAAGGGUACAGAUAAGCACCAUGGCUGUGAAAGACAAUUUUAUGGCGGCUGGUGGUUUUCAUGGGGAGCUUGUCUGUAAGCAUCUGAACCGUUCUGGCAUCGAAUUUUGUACGAAGAUAACAAGCGACGACACGGCUAUUACCAAUUCUGUUGAUAUCUACCAAAGCCCCAGUGGCUUAGUCCGCGUGAUGGCUGCAAACAACGACGCACAAGUUAGGAUCUUCGACGCUGAAACCUUCGCGAAGCUUAAUCAAUUUUCCUUCUCCUGGUCUGUCAAUAACAUCUCUGUUAGUCCUGAUGGUAAACAAUUUGCUGUUCUCGGGGACAGCACCGAUUGUGUGAUUGCUGAUAUCCAGAACGGGAAGACAUUAGGGAACUUGAAAGGCCACAUGGACUACUCAUUUUCAUCUGCGUGGCAUCCAGAUGGACGAAUUCUAGCCACCGGGAACCAAGACAAAACCUGUAGGCUUUGGGAUGUGAGAAAUUUAUCGCAAUCGCUUGAUGUUUUAACAGGAAGGAUGGGAGCAAUAAGAGCGAUAAAGUUCACAUCAGAUGGAAGGUUUAUGGCCAUGGCUGAACCGGCUGAUUUUGUGCACCUUUAUGAUACGAAUUCUGGGUUCAACAAAUUUCAGGAGAUCGAUCUGUUCGGUGAGAUUGCUGGAAUUUCGUUCAGUCCAGAUACAGAGGCGUUAUUUGUUGGGGUAGCGGAUAGAACGUAUGGAAGUUUAAUGGAGUACAACAGGCGGCACUGUAAUCAUUAUCUGGAUUCCAUCUUUUAACGAGUUUAAGAACUAAUAGGGGCAUCGUGGUUGUAACUGUAAUUUUUGUUUAUAGGAAGGAUUCUCCUCUGGAAGGGAAAAAUGUGAUUUAUGUUACUUCAAAAUUUUGGCACUGUUGUCUGUGUGUACUAUCCCUUUCAGAUAAGGGAUCAGUUUUAUGACAAUGUCUCUCCUAAUCCACUUUUCUUUGGAUCAGGCGAUCAGUGGCUAUAAAUAUAUUAUCAUUUUUUUUUA